UGGCAUUAUAUUCAAGUCUUCUUCAUUCUAUCCUUUUUAUGCCGCGGCCUAUUGUCUGGUUUUUAAAUUUCACGGGUGAAAAAGUCACUGAAACAAAUCCUCAAAAUCAUUUAUCAUGCGAUUUCCGAGCAAGUCAGUCUAACUUUUGAUUUGAAGCACCUUUGCGUCCUUGCCGCUUUGAUGGCGGAGCGCAACGGUAGCCCGCGCACCCCGAAAGCCGUAAACACUUAUCGAAAAGGGUGGUAAAUGCGACAGUUACCCCUGUCCCUGUUGGAGCAAACGCGCUUCCGAUGUGAUCCCCACGCUUAAGGAGAUCUUGAACGCCGAACGAAUGGUACCUGACAAGCCUGGUCAGCAAUAGAAUUAUGUGAGGCGUCGAGUAACAGUUAAUUCCCUCGGAAACUUUCUUUUGCCCACAUUUUGUAACGACGCACCCUUCCGUCCCCAAUUUCCUGUGGCAACUCUUUUUUUGAGCGUCGCAAUACAGAGCAACGCGUCACCAAGCUUGCUUGACUUGACUGUCGAUAUUGCUCAAAACCAGAACACCCACCUAGGUACAGAUGGCGCUGGACGGGGAAUCGCUUGCUCUUGGCAGCUACAAUCUCUCAAUCGUGGGAGACAAGCUGCUCGUGAACGACAAGUCCUCCACUGGCAAAUCAAAAUCAAGCAGAUCUUGCUUCGGCACUGGCAAUUCCGCCACAAAACAAAGCCAACGUACCAUACCACUAUACAAUAUCCUCUGGGCCGAGGUAGCUGGCGAUAGUCUGGUUAUAGACUAUGCUGAGGACGUUUCCAAGACGAAAAUACGCCCCACCAAGAUAACCAUACCUCUGCCACCGGCGACGACAGCAAAGGAUACCACCACCGAUGCUCCGGCAACAGCAGAAGCUGGCGCCGACCUAGAAGCUGGCAAUGCCGGCGCGCAAUCCUCCCCAGCCGCCCGGGCAUCUGCCUGGGCGUCAUCUCUCCUCGACCAUAGUUAUGACCCCUCUACCACGCGGCGGAAACGAGCAUUCGUGAUAAUCAACCCGCACGCAGGCCCCGGCGGCGCAAUGCGCAAGUUCGAGACCCAAGUACGCCCCAUAUUCCUCGCAGCCCGCAUGGAGCUCGAGAUCGUCACGACAACACGGAGGGGGGAGGCGGAGGAGAUUGUGCAAAAGCUGGAUCUCGACAAGUACGACGUCAUCGCGGUUGCGUCCGGCGAUGGACUGGUGUACGAGACGUUCAACGGGCUCGGCAGACGGCCGGACGCUCAAAAGGCCCUCAAGAGCGUCGCCGUGGUGCACAUACCGUGCGGGAGCGGCAACGCCAUGGCUUGCAACCUCUACGGCACACAUAGGGUGUCUCCUGCUGCUCUGGCUGCAGUCAAGGGCGUGCCGACGGCUUUGGAUCUCGUCAGCGUCACGCAGGGCAACACGCGAACCCUCAGCUUCCUGAGCCAGGCGUUGGGUGUCAUUGCAGAGUCUGACCUGGGGACAGACAACCUGCGGUGGAUGGGUUCUGCACGUUUUACGUAUGGCUACAUCACGCGCGCGGUGAAGCGAGCCGUUUAUCCUUGCGACAUCUCCGUCAAGGUGGAGAUUGAUGAUAAAGCCGGGAUUAAAGAGCACUACGCCAGACACCGCCCGGACAGAUCCUCCACGGCCCCGGUCACAAAGGCAGACUCUGUUGUCGAUGGCGAUGUUGGAACCGAGGUUGGGGAGGGUCUACCUCCCUUGAAGUACGGCACAAUCAACGAUAAAGUUCCUGAGGGCUGGGAAACAUUCUCAUACGACAAUAUGGGACAGCUUUACUGCGGAAACAUGGCCUACAUCAUGCCCGAUAGCAACAUAUUCUCCGCAGCCUGCAUCAACGACGGUAUGAUGGACCUCGUGACGGUCGACGGCGACAUCUCGCCGUUCAAGUCGUUGGAGCUGAUGACGCUCGUCGAGAGCGGCAAGUUCUUUGAUGACUCUCGCGUCAGGUACCGCAAGGUUUCAGCCUAUCGCAUCACUCCUCGCAACCAGGCAAGCGGCUACAUCAGCAUCGAUGGUGAGGGCGUGCCGUUUGCCCCUUUUCAAUGUGAAAUUCACCGAGGUCUCGGCCUAGUUCUAUCCAAGGCCGGCACCUACGAGGCCCCUGGCCCAAUGAACUGGGAGAAGGUCGCGGUGAACAAGUCCUAGUGUCGGCCCCCUGGCCUCCGAUGCACGGCUCCUCUCCCAAUUCACUUGACGUCGCUCUCGUUGAUUUUGUAUGAAUUUGUUUUAUUUGCACCUUUGAACCCUUCGAACUCCAGUGAGUUGGCCAAUAAACCGAUUGAAGGGGCAAAGCAGUCGCUAGAAGGAUAACUCUCAGCGAAAUAAGAUACCCUAAUUUGAGUUUUUUGUUCUUUUUUGUUUCUUUUUUUUUCGGUAAACAAUCCUGAUAUUUCAACGCUAGUGUCCCAACGCCAAUGGCUGUUCCUCUUUGUCCUCAUAGUUUCAUGACAAUUUCUGUGUAUAAUACCAUUAAACAUAACUUCUUGACGAUCAUGCGUGUUGACGCGAUUACAAAACCAACUCUUUUGAAACCCUCGAUUAUCA